AUGUCUGUGCAGAGUGUGUUUGGUGAGUCAGUACCAGUGUCAGUGAUGGAGGGAGAUUCUGUCACUCUAAAAACUAAUGUUGCUGAAAUACAUGAAGACGAUGAUAUACUAUGGAAUUUUAUAGCUGAAAAGUCUCUGCUAGCUGAAAUCAGUAGAGAUGUUGGCAUCUUCUUUACAUAUAAUGGUACUGAUGAGAGAUUCAGAUUCAGAUUGAAAUUGGACAAACAAACUGGAUCUCUGACCAUCACAAACAUCACAACUGAACAUGCUGGACUCUAUGAAGUAAAGAUAAGUGGAGAAAAACUGUCAUCAAAAACAUUCAAUGUUUAUGUUUAUGCUCAUCUGCCUGUUCCUAACAUUAACAGAGACUGUUCAUCAUCAUCAUCACAGCAGAAUUGUUCAUUGUUGUGUUCAGUGGUGAAUGUGAGUGAUGUGAGUCUCUCCUGGUACAAAGGAAACAGUUUAUUGUCCAGCAUCAGUGUGUCUGAUCUCAGCAUCAGUCUCUCUCUACCUCUGGAGGUGGAAUAUCAGGAUAAAAACACCUACAGCUGUGUGAUCAACAAUCCCAUCAGCAACCAGACUCAACAUUUCAACAUCACUGAACUCUGUCAGCCAUGUCCAG